AUGGCGUCCACUCUUGCGCUCGGUCUUGGUGUCGCUACGGCUGCCUUCUUGGGGCGUGCUGGUCUGGUCGCCUACCGUCGGUCCCAAGGAAGUGUUAAUGCUCUCGGAAAGGCCUUCUACAAAGGAGGAUUUGAACCUCGGAUGAACCGUCGCGAAGCCUCCCUGAUUCUCGAACUCCCGGAGCGCACUUUGAACAAGGAUAAGGUCCGCAAGAAGCACCGCCAGUUGAUGCUGCUCAACCACCCCGACCGUGGUGGUAGCCCCUACCUGGCAACGAAGAUCAACGAAGCCAAGGAGUUUUUAGAUAAACAUUCUUGA